AUGAAGCAACAAAUCCCAGUCCUUUGCACCCUGGGUCUGCUUGCUGGGGUUUUCGGCCUUGCUCGAGGAGAUGACUCUAAUAAGAGUGCUUACGGCUCGCUAGUAGUUGUUGAGGAAUUAUUUUUCGAGUAUAGUUGUAUGGGUACUAGUAUUACCGGGCCUUUAGAAAGCAGCAAGACAAGCUGGUACUACUACAAUUCCGCCAUCGGCUGGAUGCACUACCAAUUGCCUAACUACCGUCAGAAUCACACAGACUGGGGGCAUUACAACGCAAUUUACUGGCGGACCAACACCUGGUACUACUACAAUUCCGCCAUCGGCUGGAUGCACUACCAAUUGCCUAACUACCGUCAGAAUCACACAGACUGGGGGCAUUACAACGCAAUUUACUGGCGGACCAACAGCUGGUACUACUACAAUUCCGCCAUCGGCUGGAUGCACUACCAAUUGCCUAACUACCGUCAGAAUCACACAGACUGGGGGCGUUACAACACAACUUACUGGCGGACCAACACCUGCUGGUACUACUACAAUUCCGCCAUCGGCUGGAUGCACUACCAAUUGCCUAACUACCGUCAGAAUCACACAGACUGGGGGCGUAACAACGCAAUUUACUGGCGGGCCAACACCUGCUGCUACCGUCAGAAUCACACAGACUGGGGGCGUUACAACGCAAUUUACUGGCGGACCAACACCUGGUACUACUACAAUUACACCAUCAGCUGGGUGCAUUACCGACUGCCUAACUACUGUUCGAAUUACACAGAAUGGCGGCACGGUCACCGAAACAGUCCCUGGACCAUUACCUGGCACGUCGACUAUUACGCCGCCUAUAGACUGUACGCAUCCCUGUACGACGACGGUUAUUAUAACAACUACGCCGAAUCAGCCACCAGAUACAGUUAUCACAAUUACUACAAUUGGCACGAUACCUGGCACGUCGACUAUUACGCCGCCUAUAGACUGUACGCAUCCCUGUACGACGACGGUUAUUAUAACAACUACGCCGAAUCAGCCACCAGAUACAGCUAUUACAAUUACUACAACUGGCAGGAUACCUGGCACGUCGACUAUUACCCCGCCUAUUGA